GUCUAUGUUCUGAAUUUGCUUGCUCGUGUCGUGGUAUCGGCAUUUUGUUUCGCAAAACAUUUUGUACAAUAAAUACAGAAAAUUUGCGACAUAAAUCCACUUUAGUUUCAUUAUAACUGUUAUACAUUGAGUUAGCGGAAUGAUUAAAUGUAUUGGAAGUGUUGUGUAGUGAAAUAAUACAACCACGAUUCGUGAUACGCAAGCUAGGCUUGUGUAUCUACAAAAAUGGCGGGAAUCAAAUCUUUAGCUGUGAGAGGUAUCAGGAGUUUCGGUCCCGAUGAAUGUGAUGAGCAACGUUUAACUUUUGAGAAGCCGCUUACCCUAAUCUUAGGUCAAAAUGGUUGUGGCAAAACUACCGUUAUAGAAUGUUUAAGGUAUGCCAUAACCGGACAAAUGCCGCCUGGUAGCAGAAACGAAUGUUUUGUUCAUGAUGCUAAAAUAAACCAUUCCACAGAGGUUAUGGCUCAAGUCAAAUUAAAGAUUGUCAAUGCAAAAGAUAAACAAUUGGAAGUUUCAAGGUCAAUGAGAGUAACUGCUUACAAGAACAAAAAGCCUAAAUUCCAGACUCUAGACUCAUUCCUUUCAGUAGUAGAUGCAUCUGGUAAAACUAAGGACAUCUCAUCACGAUGUGCCGACUUGGAUUUUGUGAUGCAUGAAGAAUUAGGUGUGUCAAAGGCUAUACUGAACUCUGUAAUAUUCUGCCACCAAGAAGACUCCAGUUGGCCUUUGGAUGAAGGAAAGAAAGUGAAAGAGAGAUUUGAUGAAAUAUUUGAUGCUGACAAAUACAGUGACUGUUUUGAUCGUCUUCGGAAGAUCAGGAAGGAGUAUGCCACUAAUAUUAAAAUGAUGGAACAAGAAGUGGCACAUUUAACGGAAAAGAAACAAGAUCUUGACAAGAAGAAGCUAGAUCUUGUCAACACUGAGAGCCGCAUCUCUGAGGUGGAGAUCAAAAUUGCUGAACUAAAAACUGAAUUGGAACCAAUCACAGAGAAAAUAAAAGCUAUUGAAAAGCUACAGAAGGACUUGGUAUCUUUUGAGACAUCACGAGAGAAAAUUAAAGCUAGGUUAGAGCGUGGUCAAAAUGAUGAACAAGAAUACAAAAAAUCAAUACAAACAACUUUUGAAGGCACAACUGCUGAACUUGAAGAAAACAUAUCAAACUACAAUGCAACUGUCAAGACAAAGCAAGCCGAACUAAAACAGUCUUGUUCCAAAAUCAAUUCGUUCAAUAAGGAGGAAGAGACAAUUGCAAAUGAGAAAACCUCCAACGAAGUCAAGUUCAGUAAGCUUCUUCUGCUGGAGAGUCAGAACCAGGAGAAAAUAGACAAGAGGAAUGUUAUGAUUGUUGAUAACGCCAAACUGGCUGAAAUGGAGAUGGCAAAGAUAGAAACAGAUGAAGAAGCAAUAAAAGCCAUGACCGCAAUAACAGACAAGAUUCAAAGUCUGUACGAUAAGCUGAAGGAAUCUAAAGUGGCCGCCGACAAACACGAGAGGGAACUCCAAAAGAAGAUUGACGAAAGUCGAGAUGGCCUUUCUCGUCACAAACAAAAAAUCUCAGGGAAAGAAGCUGAAAUACAGUCUACUAAGAAAGACAUCACCAAGAUUGAAAAGCAAAUAAACGACGCCAACAAAUCUAAACAAAAACUGGAAGCUGUAGAGGAGAAGUUAAAGACUGCUGAAGAAGAAUAUCAAAAGACUUCAGAGGAACUGAACACAGAAGAAUGUCAAAAUGAAAUCAAUUCUGAUGAAAAAGUGAUGGAAACUCAUGAACAGGAACUUGAAGAGCUGAGCGAUAAGGUAACAAAGUUACAAAAACAAACUGCCGUCCUUAAAGAAAAAGAUCUAAUUGAGGAUUCGUUGAAACAAAAGCAGAAACAAUUAGAGGUGUUAAAGAACAAACAUCGAACAGCACUAACUGACUUGCUUGGAAGUAUGCCUGAGAAUAACUUCGCCUUCUCUGUGAACAAGUAUGAAGCACAAAUCAAGACAGAAGUGGAUUCUAUGAAAAAGAAAAUUAGACAGAAACAAAAUGAGAUAACGCGUUUAGAGGCAGACCGCAAACACGUGCGCGAGCUGCUGAGCGAGAAACGCGCCGAGCUCACCACGGCGGAGGACCAAAUGUACAAGGCGUGCGGCACACAGACUUACGAAGCGACGCUCGCCAAGAUCAAUACCACCGUUGAAAAACUACAGGAUGAGCAAAAUGUUCUUCAAUCAUCUAUGUUUAUAAUAGCAAAGUACAAAGGUCAAAUCAAAGACAACAAUUGCUGCCCACUAUGCAAUCGCGGCUUUGAAUCUGAGACUGAGGUAACAGAUUUAGUGUCCCAGUUGACUACGCAAGUGUUGAACGUACCAGGGAAGUUGGAGAAGGUCACGGAAGAACUGCAGAAGGCAUCGGCCAAAAAGGAUGACCUCCUCAGCAUGAGGUCGUUGAAUGACAAAAUAACAUCUCUCAAAGAAAAAGAUGUACCUCAGCUGGAGACACGCUUGAGUGAAGUGGAUAAGGAAAUCACCACCCUCACAGAGACGUUGGAAGGAAUGUCAAUGGCCUUGCUGGAACCUGAGCAGAAGCUAUCUACGACGCGCCAGAUCCAGGGAGACAUGCCCCUGCUUGAUAAAUUCACCAAUGAAGUGAAAACCACAACUAAAGAUUUCGAAAAAGUCAAAGCAAAGUGCACGGACAUAAUCUCGGACAUAACUCUAGAAGAUGCAACAGAGAAGCAGACAGAUUUGAGGCAGAAGAUCAGUACGCUGCGCGCGCGUAUCAAGGCGGCGCAAGUUAAGCUCAACGCACACAACAAGAAACUGCAAUCUUUGGGAGACAAGAAAAACAAACUUAAAGAGGAGGUGCUUAAUAUACAAAAGAAGGUUCAAGAAUUGGUAAACUUGCAAGAGACUCAAAAGCAAAUGGAGACGAACAGGGAGAAGUUCAUGGAGGAACUCAAGGAGCUGCAGGACUCCACGGCGCCGUUAGAAACUGAUCUGAAAGAGAAAGAGGCAGCAAAGACUGAAGCAGUUAAAAAGAACAGGUCUGACAUAGAAGUAAAGAACACCUACAUAAGCAAAAUAGCCAAUGCGUUCGAGAAAGUGAAGUCAAUCGACUUGGACAUAAGAAUGCACAGGGAGCGAAACAUACAUCGUGAAAUGGACAAGAUAAAGGAGGCAAAUGAGAAGCUACUGGCCAGACAGAAGCAAAUCAUGAUUGAUAGAGACACACUCACCAAGAAGAUAGAUAGUUUAAAAGAUGAACUGUCCAAACAAGAGAUCUAUAAACGUAACUUGGAGGACAACUUGAAGAUGCGCAAAGCUCAAGCGGACAUUGAGAAGUGUGAGAAGGAUCUGGUGGAGAUCAACGAGAAACUGAGUGGUGUCAACACAGAAAUGAUCAAGGAGAAGGAGCCGCUCAUCACUAAACAAACUAUGAUAUUUAGGGAAAAGGCGCAAAAUGAAGGAAAGCUCAAUGAGCUAAAGGACAGACUUAAACAAAAUAAGCUCGAGUUGAAGAAAACCCAAAACAAAGACAUCGAAAACAGAUUCAGACAGAAGUUUUACGAGUUGCAUGUAACUAAAGCGAUCGACCGAGAUACCAAAGACUACUCGGUCGCUCUGGAGAAAUGUCUCAUGGAGUUCCACAGGGAAAAAAUGGAAAAUAUUAAUCUUAUUAUACGAGAAAUGUGGAGAAAGAUAUACAGAGGAAAUGACAUUGAUUAUAUUGAAAUUAAGACUGAAGGAAGCAUGACUGUCGAUUCUGAGCGUCGUAAAUACGAUUACAGGGUGGUCCAAUCCAAAAAUGGUGUGGAGAUUGAUAUGCGCGGGCGUUGUAGUGCCGGCCAGAAGGUGCUGGCUUGCCUUAUAAUAAGACUGGCUCUAGCAGAGACAUUUAGUUCUAGAUUUGGCAUCUUGGCAUUGGACGAGCCAACCACUAACUUGGACCAGGACAACAUAAAGUCAUUGUGCUCUGCACUCGGGGACAUAGUCCAAGAGAGGAUGAACCAACGCAACUUCAUGUUCAUUAUUAUCACUCACGACAAGGAAUUCAUUGAAUCAUUAGGCAACAUAGACAAAGUCACACAUUAUUAUGAGGUUUCUAGGAACGAGGAAGGAAAAUCUAGAGUUAAGAAGAUCAGGUUCUCUUAGUUGAUCAUUAUAAUUCGAAUAUUAGUAUAGCAUAUAUGCCAUUCCUUAAGGUUUAUUCAGACAUAUGCUGAGUCAAGGCAUUCCAUUUGUUUUAUGCCAUCCCAAUGUGGGACACUAAUGGUGUUGUCUGAAAACAUCUGAAAACAACAUAUCUACAUUUGAUUUGUCAGUUCUAGAAACUUGCAUCAUAACCAGAAGGAUGAAGUUAAAUUUACCUGUAUUUGAUUUGGUGGUUGAAUGACUAACAUUAUGUCUGAAUAGAUGUUUAUGUUUCACGUUAUCUAUAGAUAAGGGCUGUGCCUUUUAUUGUGUUACUGUAUAAGAGUAAUAAUUGAUUAUUUUUCAAGAAAUUAAAACAUUUUGUAUUCCUUA